UGUUUUGUUUCUCUUUUGCUUGAAGGAAUGACUGAGUCAUCAAAUCUGGAGCAGCUCGCAGAAAUAGAGCUGCAGAAAGAGGAAGAUGAGGAUGAGGAUCUGCAGCAGCGGAGCGUCCCUGAUGGUCCCAGCAGCACGUUCAGCCCUGAUCCAUCCCAUCCCUACUAUGAUGUCGCUCGCCAUGGAAUCGUCCAGGUUUCAGGAGACGAUAACUAUGGCAGGAAGCUGAUUGUCUUCAGCAGCUGCUGCCUCCCGCCGUCGCACCAGCUGAACCACCGCCGCCUCCUAGAAUACCUGAAGUUCACACUGGACCAGUACGUGGAGAUGGACUACAUUCUGGUUUAUUUCCACUACGGCCUGAGGAGCAGCAACAAGCCGUCUCUCAAGUGGCUGCGUGAGGCCUACAGCGAGUUCGACCGGAAGUACAAGAAGAACCUGAAGAAGCUCUACGUCGUCCAUCCUACUAACUUCAUCCGGAUCGUCUGGAACAUCUUCAAACCUCUGAUCAGCCAUAAGUUCGGGCAGAAGCUGACGUACGUGAACUACCUGGCGGAGCUGCAGGAACACCUGAACUACGAGCAGCUCUUCAUCCCCGCAGACGUCCUCAGGCACGACGAGAAGCUGCGAGCGGCCCAGAAGGGCGGGCCCCCUCCCUCUGUGAAAAAGCCGCCUCCCCGCCCCCCUCUGCCCACGCAGCAGUUUGGCGUCAGCCUGCAGUACAUCAGGGAGAAGAACCGUGAGGCGCUCAUCCCUCCUGUGAUGGUUCAGACUGUGGCCUACCUGAAGGAGAAAGGUCUGAGGACUGAAGGGAUCUUCAGGCGUUCGGUUCGUGUUCAGAUCAUCAAGGAUGUCCAGAAACUCUACAACCAGGGGAAGCCGGUGAACUUUGACCAUUACCAGGACGUCCAUGUUCCCGCUGUUAUCCUGAAGACGUUCCUCAGAGAGCUUCCAGAGCCGCUCCUCACCUACAGAGUCUACGGCCAGGUCCAGGAGCUCCUCAAUGUGGAGAGCAGCCUGCGGGCGUCCAGAUGCAAACAGCUGGUGGAAAGUCUUCCUGAGCACAACUUCAUCGUGCUGAAGUUCCUCGUCUGUUUUCUGCACAUGGUUUCUCAGGAGAGCAUCAUCAACAAGAUGAGCGCCUCCAACCUGGCGUGCGUCUUUGGCGUGAACCUGGUCUGGCCUCGCCACGCCUCCAUCUCCCUGAGCGCCCUGACGCCCAUCAACAUCUUCACCGAGAUCCUCAUCGAACACUUCGCCACCGUGUUCGGCUCCCGCUGCCCACCUGCUCAGGUAACCCCGUGAUCCAGGAGGAACGCUUCGGAGAUCUGUUACACAUUUUUAUUAUCAGAACACUAAAAAAACUACCUUUGAGAUUUAUAUUUUUAUGCAGGAAUCGGUUUUUCUUUUUCAUUGAAAAUAUUUAAUGUGUUUAAAUAAAUAAAACCCAAACUCUAGAGAUAAUAAUUAAAACUUUCUGUACAUGUUGUUUGUAAGUGAAAUAAAUUGCGUCACAAUGUAAAAAUCCUUUGAAUAUCAACCAUCUUU